ACCGUUAGCUCAUAUUGACCGAUAACUUCCGGGGCUGUUGAACGCAACUGACGUCAGACAAAUGGCGGACGUUGUAAACAGAGCCAGCAGCUUCUCGGGGGCCAGAGUGAAACAUCUCUUUUUAAGAUGAACAGCAUAGAGUGUGAGCGACUAGACAGUCUGGAGGGGUGGGUGGCCGUUAAAAGCAACAUAUUUGAGGAAGAUGAGGCGUUUAAACUGGGCUUCAUCGUACAGUGGAACGUCAUCGAGUGCAAGUUCGCCGUCACCUGCCACAACCGGACGUUACAGCGGCAGAAGCGCAAAUCCGAGCCUGCCGCCGACGACCCUCAGAUGAGCUGGGCAGGACUCUUCUCCGUCAGCGAUCUGAAGCACGUCCACCAGCAGUUCACCUGCGUGGCCGACGUCCUGGGAGGCUGCUUCCCGGAUUUGACGGAGUUUGAAGAGGGUAACAUUUGGGACUUGCUUUUCCUGAGUAGGAGAUCAGGUCCAGACAAUGACGACGAGAGGGACUAUGACACCCCGUGUAGGAAACUCGAGAAGUAUUUCAGCACCGCUAUUGACCUCUGCGGACGGAAGAUUGUUCUCGACACCUUGUUCGCACAGGAUGACCGAGAUGUUGAGGAGUACUUUGAGAAUUUACAGGAGUUCAAAAAGAAGAGCUUGCAGGAGGAGAUGUCAAGGGCCAAGGGUCACCUGAGACAGUGGUCAACAUCGGAGAACCGGGUCCAAGAAUCCCUGUGGUGUUCAACCACCAACCUCAUCUUGAAGUGUCUUCACAAGUCUACCUUCAGCCCACCCAAGUUGUAUUCUGAAAGGCCUAGUUAUCGACUCUUAUGUUACUGUGGGCUCAGGCUGCUACAAAGUCACAGCGGUGCUGACAGGAUGGUCGUGCUGCUCAGCAUCUAUGAGGAAGAAGACGAGGCCUACCAGGACCUGGCGACUGUCGCCACAACUUUCUUCCAGUACCUGCUGCAGCCUUUCAGGGACAUGAGAGAGCUGGCCUGCCUUUACAAGAUGGACAUCCUUAAGUCUUUGGAGUUUGAGGAAUUGGGUCCUAAGAGAAUUGCAGCUCUGGAAAAGGAGGCGGAGGAGUGGAGAAAGAAAGCAGAGGAUGCAGUCGCCUCGAUUCAGGACAUCACUGUCACCUACUUUGCACAGACUUCAAAGGCUCUGGCUGGUAUGGUGAAACAGAUGGAAGAGGAUAAGUGUCGUUUUGGACCCGCUGCCUGGGCGUCAGCGGCUCCCAGGCUGGAGAAACUCCGCUUCCUAUUGGCCAAAGAAACCCUGCAGCACAUGAGAGCCACCGAGAUGUGCCUCAGCCGCAAGAAAGACAGCAUCAAGGAGAGGCUGGAGAACCUCUCUGUGAGAGCCCAAGGCCAGAGGGCCGAUUUAAGGUCUGCGUUUGAGGACGGCCAGAAGCAGGACACUGUGGACCAGCUGGAACUGCAGUUCUACGAAACCCAGCUAGAACUCUACGACGCCAAGUUUGAAAUCCUGAAAAAUGAAGAGCAGCUCCUGGUGGCUCAGAUAGACACCCUGAGACGACAGAUUAAAGAGCUGAAGGAGGAGGUGGUGUACUAUGAUGUGUGCGAGGAUCCCGAGGAGCUGCAGAGCAUGGUCCACACAGGUAUUCAUCAAGCAGACCCUCCAGCUGUCAGUCAGCUCAAAAGACGCCUACAGACCCUGGAAACCAAGAGGGGCAACAUCUGUGCCCGCCGAGCUUACCUGCGUAACAAAAAGGAUCAGUGCACGGAUGCACAUGAGCAGAAGCACCUGGCGGCAAAACAGAGCUCCAUAGUCUUCAACCAGCAUCACCAGGUCCACCUGAAACGAGAGAAGAAGAAGGAGGAGGAGCAGAGGAGGAAAGAGUGGGUGGACAAGGAGCGGGAGAAGACUCUGAGCCGAUUACGAUCCUUCAGAGAGAGGCGACCGGGCCAGUACAUCCUGAAAGCGCCCCAGUCCAGGCCUUCGCCGUCUUCUCCAGAAAGCCUGUGCCCCUCGCAGCCGAUGUCCAUCAUCAGCCUCAGCCCCGCUCCCGCUUCUGAAGGACCCCCUCCCUCCAUCCGACCCGCACCAAGGCGCAAGAAACCAGCCAAAAAGCAGCAGCUGAAAGACAUCCCUGUCCAAAUCUACGCUGCGCCGCCUCCUCCCACGGCCAUCCCACCUCCCCCAACAGCCCCACCCCCUCCUCCUCCUCCUCCGCCACCACCACCACCACCUCCGCCACUGCUGCCUCCCCCCGAGUGUCGCCCUCAUCAGAGGAUGCCCCGAUGGAGACACGGGCUAAGAACUGGGAAGAACCAGCUCAUCAGCAGUGUAGCUUCUUCUUCUUCUUCACUUGAAUACUUUUUCUCCUUUAACUUUGGUAUUUUUGUAGGAACCAUGGACGAAGUGUUGGCUUCACUACAGCGUGGACAGAUUAAGCUUCGAAAGGUCCCCGCGGCCAGCACGCCGAGCCCCACUGGGGAUGCAAGGAGCAGUCUGAUGUCUGCCAUCCGACAGGGAGUCACCCUGAAGAAGGUGGUUCCUGCACGAGGAGAAGUCCCGAGCGGCGGAGACAACGAGCUUGAGCGCAGCAUCAAGGCCGCCAUGAUGAGGAUGAAGAAGGUAGCGGCUGAUUCGGACGAGGACGACAGAGGGGACGAAGAGGGACGCAGUGCAGACUGGGAUAGCUGAGAAUGCGUGCGCACUCGCGCCGAUGAAGCUGCUGUCUUACGUUAGCCCCGCUCCGUCUUCCUCACAGUUACGAGCUUCAGCUCAUCGUUGCCAAUUUUCCAUCCGAAAACAAGAAAAAAAAAGCUGCUUCUUUGACAAGAACAGGAUUACGCCUCCUCAGACUUCAACGUUGCAGUUUGUUGAAGUUGUUGCACAUUUAAUCCCUUUUGUGUGUGUAUGUGCGUGUGCUUUUGUUUUGUUUUUAAAGUAGCCCUGAAACGGUGUAAUACAUCCAACACUGCAACUAACCAGCGAGCGGCAGAAUCAGGACUUAGUCUCCUCUAAAACACUUUCCAAUUUUCAGAAAUCCCAGUGAGAGCGAAUGAGCCGCUUUGUUUUUAACGCUCCUCUAAUGAUUGAAUUUCUCCCAAAUCUGUGCCCGAAGGCCUUUUGUGACAGUGUCACACAGCAGGGGGGGGAGUGGGGUGGGAGUGGGGUGGGAGCUUGUGCUGCGGGCGGUGAAGACAACACUACGCAAAUUGUCGUUUCGCUCGCACCGCCCGGUCUGAUCUCAUCAUUUUGAAUGUAAUUAAAUUUGAACAAUUGUUUAUUUAACCUAACCCCAGUAAGGCUACAGCCACGCGAAGGCAGCGCUGUUAAUUAUUCACAGCCUGCGUGUCUGAAGUCUUUGUCGUUGUUUGCGUUGCAGGCCGUCUCACGCUGACCGCUAUUUUCCCCUUCUCGUGUCAGAAUUUUGGGAACGCUUUAGGAUUAAUCAAAGGGCACUUUCGAAAUGAAAUACAGAGACAAAUUGAGAAUAUUAGGCUUUAAUUUAACUAAUGGAUUAAAAAAAAGUUCCGUAAUUAAUUACACAUCCCAAUCUGUAAUCACUGUGUGAUCUAAAGAAAAGGAAAAAGGGGGAAAGGUUCCUGUUGAUUAAGGCAAAAUGACCUUUCAACCUGUGACAGCGCAUUGCUUUAGUUUGGGGGUUUUUCCCUCCUCAAUCUUUACAAGUGUUCCUUACCUGAACCUGUCAAACAGUUAAACUGUGUGAUAGCAGCAUUAAAUGCUUUACAGGAUGAAUUUAUUUCUAGUUUUAUGAGUUAAUGAUGUUUGAGACAGAUACCUGCACUGCUGUGUUUUAAUAAUAAACUAAGAGACAUCAGGUCGUCA